AACCGGUUAAACCACUGCUGCAAUGCCGAUCAUGCACAUGCGCUGGCAUAUUUUUGAGUGGCGAUUGAGCAUUCUAGGCAUUGCAUCUGACUAACUACCUACCUCUGAAACGUCCAUGCGACUCUACAUGGGAGGGAACCUGUUGGAGAAUUUGGGUUGGACGAUCAUGAGCGGUAUUGCACCGCCACAUCGAUCGAGCUAACCUGUGGCGAGUACAAUUGCUGCAAUCGUGGCUCAGCAACUAGCUACUGAUGUACUGUAGCUGCCCUGCUUCUGAAUUGGAGACCCGACACUAAGACAGUCUGGGCUCCAUCUCACGAAGCACUGAAAGCGGGCACCUCAGCCAAAGCCGGGCAGGCAGGUAGGCAGGGUAGGUACCUAAGGCGCGAAUGAGAAUUGGGUCUUUGACCUCGCUGGUCUCAUUGCGAUCCAAUCCAAUCCAAUGCUAUCAGUCCAAACCUGACAACAACACCAACAACAAAUCAGAUCCGAAAUCCACCAUCUCGGCCUUUGCACUGCCGCCUCGACCCCACGUGUCCUUGUCCUCAAAGAGACGUCGCAUUCUACUGAGACUCGUUCACGUUCAUCCACUUCGUACAGCGUUCUCUAUUAUCAAUAGCUUCUCGAGUGACCUCGCUUUCAUCUCCCUCUUCGACCACCGCUCGCGUCUUUUCGCUUGUCGCAGUCGUUCCUCUGCAUUAUCUUGGCUGUCGCACUUCAAUCAUGGUCAGCUUGCCUUCGCAGCUACGUUCGCAUUAUCGUCUCGCAAAGUCUUGAAAAGGCGUCAACAAACAUAAGAGAAAAACAGCAACAACCGGAUAUUGUUACAUUUUACCAUAGCAUGAGCCGCGCGGUUCCAACAUCACCAUCAUGUCUGGAUCGCAAAUGCAGUUAGAGGAUUGGCUGGAUGACCUCUGCGUCCGCUUCAUCAUCAACCUUCCCCAGGAGGAUCUCUCCUCCGUCGCACGAAUAUGCUUCCAGGUCGAAGAAGCUCAGUGGUUCUACGAGGAUUUCAUCCGUCCACUUGACCCGACCCUGCCGUCCAUGACCCUGCGAACUUUUUGUCUACGAAUUUUCCAGCAUUGUCCCUUAUUGGCCAACUUUUCUGUUGAGAAUCAUACCAAAGCUUUUGAGGAGUUUUUGGAAUACAAGACUCGUGUUCCUGUACGAGGUGCUAUCAUGCUGAACGAGGCCAUGGAUUCGACAGUCCUAGUCAAGGGAUGGAAGAAGGGAGCCAACUGGAGUUUCCCACGAGGAAAGAUCAACAAGGACGAAGAUGAUCUGGAUUGUGCCGUUCGUGAGGUAUAUGAAGAGACCGGCUUGGACCUUCGAGCCGCUGGCCUGGUGCCCACUGAACAUAAGCCAAAGUACAUUGAAAUCUCGAUGCGCGAACAGCAUAUGAGGCUUUACGUUUUUCGAGAUGUUCCAAUGAACACAGUAUUUGAACCUAAGACAAGGAAAGAAAUUAGUAAAAUCCAGUGGUACAAACUAUCGGAGCUACCAGCCUUCCGCCGCAAGAAUGGCCAAGGGAACGAUGCCAACACUGCGCCUAAUGCCAACAAGUUUUAUAUGGUGGCACCGUUCUUGGUGCCGCUCAAGAAAUGGGUUAUGGCGCAGAAGAAGAUCGAAGCAAGGAGAGCGGCAAACAGCUCGCAAGGUUAUGGACCUAUUAGCGAAGCCCAGUACGAGGACGAAGCAUGGAACGACACUCUCGCCGAGACUACGGAUCAAGGCCCGGCGAUAGAGACGCUUGCGGGUGCGACACAGGAGCUACAACGAUUGUUGAAGGUGCAACCUCCCACUCAAGGAUUGCAGGGUGUUUCUGCCUCGGUGCCUGCUCAACAGGAUAAGGGAAGUGCAUUACUUUCUAUCCUCCAAGCCAAAGGCGGUCCUGCCAGCGCCAUACCGCAAGCUGGAGCUCACUAUCCUCAGACUCCUCUUGAUCACACAGUUACCAGCGCUCCUGAACCUCAUACGCCGCAUCAUCAUAAUCUUCACCAGAUGCAAUCCACAAAUACUCAGCAGCCACCGCCCCCGUUCCCGUACGCGCCCAACCAAGGCGCCCACUGGGGUAUGGGACUUGGACAGCAGGUUACCAACCCUCAGCUAUACAGUCAGCAAUACUCCAUUCAGGAGGGUCAGUAUAAGAGUAACCAGGCUCCUCUGGUGCAUCCCCAACCACUGCCCCCCCAGGUGGAAAGAGCUGUUUUCAACAGGAGUGUAUUCCAGGACGUCAACCAAACCACUCACAACCCUGUGCCGGGCCAGUUCCUUACUCAGCAGCAAGCGCAAUAUGGCCACCCUGGCCAGAUGCCUCAGCAAUCUCUCAAUGGCCCUGGGCAGCCGAGACCACAAGCUUUGAACGGCCAGUCCAUGGCCCUCCUGAAUGCUUUCAAGGGCGGUAAUACCGCGCCACAGGUACAACCGAAGCCUCAACAAGUUCCGUUCCCUCCUGGCUUCCCGGCACAGAGCCAGGGGCCUGUGUAUAGUAACCUAGGCGGAGCACAAGCGCAACAUAUUCCUCAACAAGUCCCUCAUGCGGCCGGCACUGUGGGUGGCCAAGACCGCUCGGGGCCAAGUCCUAAGGAGCUGCCAGGCUCAAAGGUUGGGCACCCUGCCGACAAUCACCGUUCUGCUCUGUUAGGCAUGUUUCGCAAGGAUGACCAGAAUCAGCCUCCUGCGCAAGGAUCCCAGCCUGCCCCUGGCAGUAUGAUGAGUGAACUUCUGCGUUCAGUUGGCGGGGACAAUUUCAGGGCCAACAUUCCCCAACAAGCCCCGGCUGAUCCCAACCCGCUCCCGUCAAUGGAUGGCCUAUCACUACAGCAACUACCUACUCAAACCGGUAUACCUGGAUCUCAAGGAAGAGCGGAUUGUUCGCAACAAUAUGGUGCCCAAGCACAAGCACCAGCUGCCUCGCAACCUACGCAGCCUAUCCGUAUUCUUCAGCGAGGCCAGGGCGAACAACUAUUUGGCAUCGGUGGAGCAUCCGCAUCUCCUCAGACUUCACUUGCCUCGCCAAGUGGAUUGUCUAGCCACUUGCAGCCUGCAGGUGCUGGCAUUAGUCCCAGCAUUGCACAAGCAUUCCCUGCUAUGAAUCGUCGUCGCGAGUCCGGCCCCGCUCAGAAGAGAGAACUGCUGUCACUCUUUGGCAAGCAGCCAUCCCCUGCUAGUCUGGAGGCAGCUAAGGGCAAGGAGGUCAUUGCAGGAACGCCCAGGUCUCGUCUUGCUUCCCUGGCCUCUGGAGCGGAAGACCCUGCCGGCCCGUCCUCUCGUCGCGGUAGUCAGACGCCCAUCUCGCCAGCCGAACGCACGUUUUUGCUGGACUACUUACAGUCUGUCACCAAGAAUGCUAAUCAUUAAGGGACCUGCGGGGAAGUGUUCUCAUGUGUACUACUUGUUAAUUAUAGGAAUCGGGGAGCAUCGCAAUGGAGCCUUGUGUGGGAUCUACAGGUUUGGCAAACAAUGAGCUAGCUACCUAGGGUGGUAUCCAAUUACUUACUAAGCAAUCAUUAUGGUCACUUUGUUUGACCUGAACUGUUAUCUGACUUGAGAUGUUUAUGUUGAUAAUUCAUGCCGUGUGGGCGACUGCUCAUUCGCAUCCUUGGAAGACUCAUGAGGAGACCUUGCUGAUUUGAUCGAUGGAUCUUGUUGUGCUCCUUGAUGUUCUCUUAUGACCCAGGGCCGUAUGUGUAUAUGCACGAGUAGGAUUGAAUACCAGAAGCAGCCAUAGGGCAUGCUUUAGUUGACAACCCCGCUGCUACCUACGUUGAAUAAGGUAGAAUCAAGCCUCCAACUACUCCUCUGAGAACUUAUUGAGACUUCCUCCUCUUUAGCCACGUAGAGGCACUUGAGACAUUUUCCGGUGCAUGUGGCAUCUCAGGCCGCUUUCCUGUCGGGUUGGUUUUGGCUCUAGAGCACUCUGACAUGGGAGUCAAAUCUCACAAAUACAAAGUCGUCAUGCCCCUGGCAGGUAGAUACUCAAGUAGUUCGGUAUGACGCUCAAGGGCUCGCUAACCACAGCGAACCGCUUGUUUCAAGAAUUGAUGUGCUGUCUCCUUAUUAGACAGACCCGUUAAGAUGAUCAAAAUGGGACAGUAGAAGUCCUGGUUUUAAUAGGGAAGACAUCUGAUUUCAGGGGUAAAUAGGGUCCACGACAGUUGCAAGUCAGUCUUUACAAAAGAACAAUCACAUAUUGAACGAUUACUCAAGACUACAGAGCCUACCCCUUAUUGCUAUUGCUGGGGGCCUGUCUAUUAUAUCUGGCACUUGCCUGGCAGUGCGAGUCAGCUGCCAACA